AUGGAUACAUUGAAAUAUGAUUUUAUAAAACUACAGAAACAAGAAGAACUUGAGAAUUAAGAAAUUAGAAGGAAGAUUAUCUAAGAGUAGAAGUAACUCAAAGAAAAAAAAGAAAAGCAAAGGAGACUAGUGACAAACGAAUUCCGAAGAAAAGGACCUGAAAGUAUGGAGGAAAGAAAAGAAAGGAUCUUAAAAGAGAGGUAAGAUCAAGGACUUCCUCCAAAAGCGAAAAAACCAUAGGGUUCAGCAGGAUUUGGAGGUGCUGAGGGAGGAGUUGAUACAAACCAUGUAAUUCGAAUGAUUGAAGAAAAGAAAGCCAACCUUAAAAAUAUAUUACUCCCUCCAGAUCUUGAUAUCACUAUCACUCAUGACAUGGAUUAGAAUAGAGUUUAUCCAACUAUGAUUAAAAGAAUCAGAUUAAAGGCAAGCAGAACAGCUACAUUAAUUCACAUAGGAAUUUUAAUAGCUCAUAAAAAUUCAUGCAAAGAGGAUGAAUGGCCUAAUUUUGAGUUUUAUCCUGGCAAAAGCUACUACGAUUUUAUGAGAAAAUAUCCUAAUCACUAGAAUACUUUCAUUGAUAAUAAGAGGCCUUUUAAAUUCAAAAUGAGAUUAAUAGAGAUAUUAAGAGAGCUGUAUCCAGGAUAAGAGGAUAAUAUUUAAUAGAUAGAUUUGGUUUAUAAAAAGAAGCAACUUCCUAACAUGAAUCCAAAAUUAGCUAUGAAAGAUCCCUUAAAAUCAUUCUAAGAAAGUGAAAUUGGAGAUUAAUAUUAAGGAGGAAUGAAGGAGGAUGCAGUAAAACACGAAAUGAUGGAUUAUAGAAUGAAUGAUAUAAAUGGAGGUGGAAUGGAUUAUAACUAAGGCUAAUCUAGCUAUAAUAAUGGAAAUUAAAACAAUACUGGAUUAGGAAAUUCAAGCGUGGGAUUUUAAAAUUACUCCCACAAUAAUGGAUUAUAUUGA